GAGACUGAUGGUCCGACUGAAAAAAGAAAACACGGUGAGUUUGAUGGGGUCGAGGAUGAUCUUUCCAACCGCGUCGGUGAUGCGGUAAACAGAAACAAUUUUGCGCCUCACUUUCCUCUUCUUCUCGAUAAGAAGCGAGGCUGGGCGGGGCGAGGCGAGGCGAGGGCGCUAGAUCCAGCAACCGAGGCUUCAUAUUCACCCGCCUGCAGGGUUCGCGGUCCUGGUGGAUUUAAGGAACUGAAGUUAUGGCGUCAAGACGAGCGAUUAAUCCAUCUCGACGCGUGGCCGAAAGCGGAAGCAUCCCACUCUCCAGUUCACUGCAUCAGAAGUCGCGGACUUCGCCUCUUCUACCCAUUGGGUUGGUUGUUGUGGCUGCUUUUCUUCUCAUUGGUUACUCAUUAAGAGGUUCAGGUGGCUUUGCUGGUCAAAAGGAAGCCAUAAGCAUUGGGCAAGGUGUUUCCUGCUCAGCAGACGCAAUACGAGCUAUACCUAUUCUAAAGAAAGCUUACGGUGAUAGCAUGAGGAAGGUUUUGCAUGUAGGUCUUGACUCUUGUGCAGUUGUUUCAAAUUUGUUAAAAGAGAAAGAUACUGAAGCUUGGGGUGUGGAACCAUAUGACUUGGAAGAUGCUGAUAGUAGUUGCAAAAGCCUUGUGCGCAAAGGUUUUGUCCGCUCAGCUGACAUCAAGUUUCCCUUACCAUAUAGACCUAAAUCGUUUUCCCUUGUUGUUAUCUCUGAUUCAUUGGAUUACUUGUCUUCCAAGUACCUUAACAAGACCCUACCAGAUAUUGCAAGAGUGUCAUCAGGUGGUCUUGUUAUAUUUGCUGGUUCCCCUGGUCAGCAGAGAGCCAAGAUUUUGGAGCCAGCAAAAAUUGGAAGACCAGCUAAACUGAGGAGUUCAUCAUCGUGGGUACGAUAUUUUAUCCAGACUGGUUUAGAAGAAAAUGAAAUGGCUAUAAAGAAGUUUGAGCAAGCCUCAAGGAAGAGUUCUUACGAACCAAGCUGCCAAAUUUUCCACCUCGGCUCGUAGAAUGAUUGAGCUCUCCAAUCUCCUAUAUAUAGAGAGCUUAUUUGUAAGAUCAUCAAUUUGUGACGAGAUUAUAUAGGUCAUCAAUUUUUUUUUUCCGAGAAUGAUAAAUUGAUGAAAUACCUCCCUAAUCUAUGGUUUCUAAUGUCUGGUGUCAUGAAAUGUACGAAAUCAUUCUGUAAGAGGUUUUUGUUUCAUGGAAUUGAUUUCUCCUUGAUAUUCUGCUUAGACA